AAACGACAUCGCUGCAUCGUAGACAACGGGCUCCCUUGGUGCAGAUCAUGCGGCACCAUCUCAACAAAUGCCCGCGUGUCGAUACGUAAUUUCAAUUCCUCCUCAAGUACACCGCUUUCGUCAUGUUUAGCCGGCGUCGAAGGCGUUGAAGAAUUUGAACUCUCAUCCAUUCUUUUUUCUCUUCGAAAUGGCCUCAAACAAGACCCCAAUGCCUCCCUCAAGUCCCGAACCACUGACUCGUCCAUCGGCUCCUGAUCUUUCUAUUGGUGCAGGCGAGAAUGUUGGUAUCCAUCCUUCCGGUUAUGUCGAACCCAGCACCAAGCGACAAGAUGGCGACCACUCCCGCGAGCUCAUCGAGACCAUGGCGCGCUUCCGCAAGUCCCCCUUUGACUUCUUCCGAGAAGUCUCACUGCACAUUUCCGGUACCGGUUGGCGAAGUUAUGACAAGAUCAUCGGCACUCCGAUCUACUAUCCCGGCUUCAGCGAGCAGAUGAAAGAGCGUGUGUUGCAGUCGCCGAUGCUGUUGGACAAGAUUCAUGAACUUGCGAGGAGGAGAGUAGAGACGGAAGAGAAAGAGGGCCUUUUAGCCAGUCUUGGAGGUAGAGACAAGAGAUGUCAUGAGAUUAGGGCCAAUUUACUUGGGGUGGCUGAAGAUAUGAUUGAAAAAAUGAUCUGCAAGAUGGAGAGCAAGCGCUUUUUGCGAGGUGCAUAUUAUCUAGCAACUCAGUUGUUGACGAGGGCCUACCAACAUGGUAUCCAUGUCAGCAGCGAGGAGGUAUUGAGACUUCAUGCAGUCGCUGAGGAAGCAGCCAAGAAAAAGCAGUCUAUCGUCUUCCUCCCGAGUCACAGGAGCCAUGUCGACUACUUAUCUCUUCAGAUAAUCUGUUACAGACUUGGUCUUGGGCUUCCUACUGUUGUUGCUGGAGAUAAUCUUAAUAUCCCGCUGUUGGGGCCGUUUCUGCAAAACGCUGGCGCAAUGUGGAUUCGACGGAGCUUUGGCGACGAUCAAUUAUAUCGUACUGUCGUUCAGGCUUAUAUGGAUACUCUUCUGCAAGGCGGCUACAAUAUUGAAUGCUUCAUCGAAGGUGGUCGCUCGAGGACAGGCAAACUCCUGCCCCCAAAGUUUGGGAUUCUUACGUUCAUUCUUGAGAGUGUGCUCAGUGGCCGUGUAGAAGAUGUGCUUGUAUGCCCCGUCUCGACGCAAUACGACAAGGUCAUCGAGGUUGAUUCUUAUAUAUCGGAAUUACUGGGACAACCAAAGAAGAAAGAAAAUUUGACGGAUUUUUUGAGCUCUGGAAGCGGUGUUCUAAGCAUGAAGCUUGGACGAGUGGAUAUGCGCUUCCAUGAGCCUUGGAGUUUAAGAGAUUAUGUUAACGACCAGUUCCGGCGGUAUGUUGGCGAACCGGAGCGCGUUCCUACACCAGAUGACUGGGACCAGGAGAAGAAGGUUAGACUUUUGAGGACUAUGGGAUACAAAGUUCUUAGCGAAAUCAACGACGUCAGCGUUGUUAUGCCUUCAGCGCUCUGCGGAACUGUACUGCUAACUUUGCGUGGCCGCGGUGUUGGCAAGUCAGAGCUUAUCCGCAGAGUUGACUGGCUAAGAGAAAGAAUAACUGAACGAGGUGGACGAGUGGCACACUUUGCUGGACUACCUACAGAGGUUGUUGUAGGAAAGGCGCUGGAUGUUCUUGGACCAGAACUUGUGGGUACACUUCAGAACCUAGCGGAAGAGACAUAUUAUGCCGUGGAUAGAUUCCAACUCUCGUUUUAUCGCAACAUGACGAUUCACCUCUUCAUCUUGGAAGCACUUGUCUGCGCUGCCCUGUAUUCAAAAGUCAAGCUUGGUGGGGCGCUUGAGCUGCAACGAAUGUCUUAUACGCAACUGAGGGACCAAGUAUUCUUCCUUUCUCAGCUUUUCCGUGAAGAGUUUAUCUUCCCUACUCGUGGCCUUGAUGCCAAUCUCGAGCAGGCUUUGCAAUCUCUGUCCAAGGACAACGUUCUAGACGUUCAUAAAGACUCGGAGGGAAAGAUUGAAACGAUUGAACUCAGCAUGCAGGAGCGAGAGAAUGGGAGAGAGAACUACGAUUUCUUCUGCUUCCUGAUAUGGCCUUUUAUCGAGGCGUCUUGGCUGGGUGCUGUGUCGCUCAUGAUCUUAACCCCCCCUAUAACUCAUCAAGGAGACCUGUGGCUAGAUAUGAAGAAGGUGCAAGACCAGGCGCAGCUCCUCGGAAAGACCCUGUACCAUCAGGGCGAUUUGUCAUAUUUUGAGGCUGUCAAUAAGGAGACCUUGAAGAAUGCAUAUACACGCUUCGAAGAAGAAGGAAUCAUCAUCGUCACUAAAUCCCGGGAUUCAAAAGUCGGCACAAGCGUGCGGUUGGCCGAUGACUGGAAACCACCUCGGUCAAGCAGCGGGGAGUUGUUGGCAGAGGGCAAGCUGUGGAAUUUCGCUGACCUGAUAAGUCAAAGUAGAAGAGAAGGAAAGAACCGCAGAGAUGGGAAGACAGUCAGCACCAGAGUGCUGCGUCUAGCAGAUUUGGUUGGCGCAAGGUUGUAUGAGGAGAGUGUAGCUCUUUCAAAACGUACUGGAAAGGAAAAGGUUGAUGCUCGGCCCUCGGAGGAGGAUGCAGAGGAAGCGCGCCGUAAGGAACGACGGAGGAGAAUUGUGGGCAGGAGCGCAAAACUUUGAAGCAUAUUCGGUCUGUAUGUAUUUUACGCCCUUUUUCGCAAGUAAUCAUCCAUUGCGAAUUUGAGCUUUCAGUCCCAUGUACUCCAAAUACGUAAUCAACAAGGAUCAAUGUCCGCCGAAUUACUGUGCAGAAAGCAUAUUAAGACAACUCGCUUCGA